AUGAAGGAAAUGCGACGAACGUUGCCUGAGAAAGGGGAAUUUGAACACUGGAAGGUUCAGUUUGAUCUUUAUCUUGACGGAAAAAAAGGCAUGGAGAUGCAAAGGAAGAUUGGGAAGGGCGAACUUGCCAUUAAUAACGAAGCAUCCUAUCAUAUUGGACAAGAAUCAUUAUCUCACAACCCUAAUCAUUCGGGAGUGCCACAAGAAAGUGAAGCAUAAUGGCGUAAAGGAGACCCUGGCUGAUUUGCGAUCCCAGUAUUGGCUUGUUCGAGGAAGACAGUUUAUUCGGACACAACUGGGCAAGUGUGGUACUUGCCGCAGGUUUGAAGGAAAGUCUUACCAAGCCCCACCCGCACCUCCGCUGCCAGAGUUCCGAGUAAAUGAGGCACCACCCUUUACUGCGACGGGCAUAGAUUUUCUCGGUCCGUUAUACGUGAAGACGAGAGAGGAAAACCCAAAAGUCUGGAUCUGUUUAUGUACAUGUUGCGUAGUCAGAGCACUACAUUUGGAUGUCGUGCCAAAUUUGACGUCAGAAGGAUUCAUGAGGAGUUUCAGAAGAUUUACUGCCCGAAGAGGAAUACCAUCAACUAUUAUAACGGACAACGGUGGGACAUUUCAACCCACGGCGAAAGAAAUUACUACCAUUUUAACUCAUCCUGACGUAAAUAAAUUCUUUGCUGGAAAGCGCAUAACAUGGCAUUUCAACUUGGAAAAGGCCCUUUGGUGGGGAGGCUUCUUUGAAAGGCUGGUCAAAUCGACGAAGAGAUGCUUAAAGAAAACCUUGGGAACGGCUAAACUCACGUACGAAGAGCUCCUCACAGCAACGGUUGAAGUCAAAAUGAUCCUCAAUUCUCGCCCUCUGUCGUAUAUUUCCACAGAGGACUUCGAAGAAUCGCUCACGCCUUCACAUCUGCUGGUAGGACGAAGGCUAUUGAGUCUGCCAGAACCCAACUACAAUGAGGACGAUCCAGAUUUUGACAUUAAGUUAGAUACGGAUGAUUUAACCCGGAGGAUGAGACAUUUAAGUAAUGUUAUGAAUCAUUUCUGGUCGAGAUGGAGGAAUGAGUACUUGAUGGAGUUGCGAGAUUCUCACCGAGUUGAGAAACGGAAUGGAAAUGAAACCGUCAGUCUUGGUGAUAUUGUCGUAGUCCACGAAGAAUCACGUCCCAGAGGACUUUGGAGAUUAGGAAAGGUUGAAAGUUUAAUCUCUGGAACUGAUGGACAGACAAGAGGAGCUGUAGUAAAGGUGUUUUCAAAGAAAGGAAGAUCAACCACCAUAAAACGACCUGUUCAGCGACUCUUCCCCUUCGAAAUCAGAUCUACAGCCAGAGAAAGUGAAUUACCUGUCGAAGUCAAGGAGGAUGACAAACCAGAAGUGACGAGAACAAGACCCAGGAGAGCAGCAGCGAUCGAAGCGGAUAACCGAAGAAAGAGAUGGAUCGAGGACCUUGAUUUAUGA